AUGAAGUCGAGCAGGCUGAUGAAGAUCGGCGUUCUUAAGAGGACAAAAUACGACAAAACGCGGAGUCUGGCUCCAGGGGAAAGCGUCCACUCUCGAAAAGCCACACAGAAGAAAUCACCGUGGACGCAGACAGAGAUACGAGCGGUUGAAAGGCAUCUGAUGAAAUUCAUUUCAUCAUGCAUGGUCCCAGGAAAAUGGGAAUGCGAAAGUAACUCACACCUCCAAAGUCUCCCGGCCUGA